AGGAGAGGGCGGGGCGGGGCUGCGCAGGGCGCGCGCCUGGGAACUCCUCUGAGGCUGAGGCGGGGCGGGAGCGAAGCGAAGCGAGGCGGGGCGGGGCCAGGGCCGGGCGGGGCGUGACGGGCGGGGAUCGCGAGCGGACCCGGUCCUUUCGCGGAGCUACCCAAGGCCCAGGCGAGCGGGUCCGUGCAGCACGGUGGGCGGGCACCGAAGAGGCUAACCAUUUUGAAAUGAGGAAAGUGGAUCUCUGCUCAGUCACUGAAGGGACAGAAGUGAUUCUGGCCACAUCGAGUGAUGAAAAGCACCCACCUGAAAACAUCAUUGAUGGUCCUGCUUGGCGAGGACGUAGAGGGAAGUCGUAUUCUCAGACCUUUCAUUCCAAGAAGAGUGGCCAAUGGAGAACACACCACUUUUGUUUAUUUCUAAUUUUUAUUUUAUAUGUGGGUUUUGCCUACAUGUAUGGCUGUGCGGAUAUGUUCAGUACCUAGAAAGGCCAGAAGAGGAUGUCAGAUCCCCUUGGCUGGAGUUUAGACCUCUGUGAGCCACUGUCUGGCUUCUGGAUCUUCUGGGAGAGUAGCCAGUACUCUCUCUAGACUAAGAACACCUCUUUUAAAUAGUUCUGGCUUAUUAUUCUUAAAUCCUUUCAAUUUGUGUACAUACCCACACUGGACUGGUGGAAUCAGAUCAUUUUAGAGCUGAAAGGAUUUAUUAGAGUAUCUUUAGUUUAGACUUGGAGGAAGACAGGUGGACUCAUUAAACACUGUUUAAUUAUUGAGGCAGAGCCAGUUGUAAGAUGGAGAUGUUAUAAGCCUCCAUAUUCUAUUGUGCUUAGAUGAGAUCUUGACAAUGAAGGUCAGUUGCUGCUCCUCUCUCACACCUUCCCCUCAGGUGUGGGGGCUUUGCUAGACUCCAGGAACAUUAGAUUUUAGUCUCUAUUAUGAAAUUGGAUGAUUUGAUUUUUGUUUCUUUUUUUUUUGUAAUUGUUUAUCUGUAAUAAUAUGUCCUCUCUCAGGAAUUCUUAGAAAUGUGAAUUAGAAAUCAGCCUGGGCUUUGCUUAUCUUUGACUUUAUAGAAUCUUGAACUGUUUGUUGACUAGGUUUUUGAUUUAGAAUACAAAUAUUUGUUAAACUUGGCUAAUGUUAAAAAGCAUGCGGGCAGGGGUCCAUCCCAUAAUCAGCCACCAAGCGCAGACACUAUUGCAUACGCCAGCAAGAUUUUGCUGAAGGGACCCUGAUAUAGCUGUCUCUUGUGAGGCUAAGCCAGUGCCUGGCAAACACAGAAGUGGAUGAUCACAGUCAGCUAUUGGAUGGAACACAGGGCCCCCAAUGGAGGAGCUAGAGAAAGUACCCAAGGAGCUGAAGGGGGUCUGCAACCCUAUAGGUGGAACAACAAUAUGAACUAACCAGUACCCCCAGAGCUCGUGUCUCUAGCUGCAUAUGUAGCAGAAGAUGGCUUAGUCGGCCAUCACUGGGAAGAGAGGCCCCUUGGUCUUACAAACUUUAUAUGCCCUAAUACAGGGGAAACACCAGGGCCAAGAAGUGGGAUUGGGUGGAUAGCGGAGCGGGGGUGGGGAGGGUAUAGGGGACUUUUGGGAUAGCAUUUGAAAUGUAAAUAAAAAA